AGCCAAUCGUCUGAGACCUUACAAGAAAGAAGCUGUUGGUUUUGUAGUAGCUGUCGAGCCAAAUUAAAUGGCAGCGUGAGGGAGAAUAACUCACAUUUUCACAGUAGUAAGAGCCAUGUCUCCAGAGGAACCCUUUCCAGACUCUCCAGUUGGUCUGAGCUCCACCAGGGAAGAUGCUCCUCUGAGCUGCGGUGAUCUGGAUGGCUCCCCGGCGGCAGGCAGGAGGAGCAGGGCACACACAACACCCCCAGAGGUUGACAUCAGCUGUCACAGAGACUUUGCCGACAGGGGAAAGAGCCCUUUCCUGAAUAUAUUGAUGGAGGCUGAAGCAGCUGCCAACUCUGCAGCCAUACAGCUUGUGUCUUUUAAAGAUGCCAUGGGAGAUGAGCUUGCAGAUUCUGGACAGUCUGCUACCAAUAAGCACCGAGUUACAAGGCAGAGAGGACUUUUGCUGGAGAAGUUGGAGGAUUUUAAGCGCAUAAAUAAGUCAGUUCGGCAGAAACUGAAACAGCUCCAGCAAUCAGAGGCUGAUCGCAUUGACACUGACAGACAGAUCGAUGUCUUGCUGCAGAAGAUCACACAGGCUGAAAGUGAAAAUCUGCUUCUAAAAAGAGAUUUGAGUGAGACUGAGGAAAGAGUCGAAGAGCUGAUGGACCUGCGGAGAAAAGAAAAGGAGAACAUAGAGAGCGUAGUUCACGUGACCAAGUCUGUGGAAGCCACUCGAGCUCACCUGCAGGGGCAGUUACGCCAAAAGGAAGCCGACAACAACCGUCUGGCUGUGCAGCUUCGGGCUAUGGAGAGAACCGUGACUGAGCAGAAGUUGGAGAUUGCUGAUCUGAAAGUGGCGAUCUCCUCUCUGUCUGAGAAGGCAACACAGGACAAAGACUCGCUCAAGAAGGCCACCCGAGCCCAGAAGCAGAGAGCCGAGAGGUUCGAAGCUGCUGUUGAUAAAUGCUAUACACAGCUUAGAGAGAAGGAUGCUCAGCUGGCCAAAGCUUGCUUGGAAAGAGACUCCUGCAAAAGGCAACAGGAGCAGAUGACAGGGGAGAGGAACCAACUCAUUGCUCAGAUAGAAUUAUUAAAAAGCCAAAUGACAGACUUGACAGCAAGGAUACAAAGAGAGAGGGAUGACUUCAGUGCAGGUAACCAGACUGUGAUAAGGAGGGUUGAAACACUUAAUGCUGAAAAUGGAGACCUCAGCAUCAAUAAUGCAACAAUACAGGCAUCUAUUGCUGAGUUGGAGCAGCAGCUGGCUGAUUCUGAGGCUGCGCUGAUAGAGGAGAAGAUCGUGUCCCAGGAGAGGAAACACCAAGCCAAACAGUACCAAACUCAGGUUGCAGAGCUUCAGGCCGAGGUCGAUGAUCUCAGGAUAAAGUAUGCAAGUGUUUUAAGAGACACAGAGAAUGAGCGAGAUAGAAAAGACAUGGAGGUUGAGAAGAUGGACAGUCAAACCAAAAAGCUGAGAUCAUCUGUGGAGAUGAAAGAGUCCAUCCAUGAGGCGAAUUCACAGCUACAAGAAAAAAUGAAUUCUCUUCACAAGAAGGCGGAGGAGCUGGAGCAGGAGAACCUGGAGCUGGUGCGGAGGCUCGCGGCUCAGGAGGAAGCCCUCAGUUACAGUAACCGGCAGCUGGAUCAGCGCUCUGCAGAGUGCCAGGCGCUCAGCCGACAGCUGGAGGCUGCUCUGUCAGAUGUCAGGCAGCAGGUCAGCAAAGUGAAAGACAAGGCUGCGUCCAGAGAGGAGGCCCUUCACACCAAAACCCUGGAGCUGGAGGCAGAGAAGAGGAGAAUGGAGACUGAGCUGAAGCGUCUUCGUCAGAGCAAGCUGUCUGCAGAGAAACAGUUUGAGCUCCGCCUGAAAGACCUGCAGCUCAGCCUGGACCAAUCAGAGAGCCACAAGCAAAGCAUUCAGAACUAUGUCGAUUUCCUCAAAAACUCAUAUGCGACCAUGUUCGACGAGGGACUUACAUCAUCGAAUUUUGGAUCAUCAUAUUUUUUAAAAUAACUUUAUAUGGAUUUGUCUGUUUUGCUCUUGGAAUUGUAUACUUGUCAUUCAGAUGUACUGUAAAAAUUAUGAGCCCUAUUUAAAUCAGGAUAAUGUGUGUGGAGGAAAAGGUUUAUCUCAGAUGUAGAGUGAUGAAUUGAAUUAAAAGUGUAUUUUUCAUA